CUAGCGAGAUCAAAGUAUGGUGUCUGGAUCUGUAGCUUAUUUUUUCAACGGAGUUGUUUUAUACUACGAAUUUUCAUUAAUUUGAGUGAUUUUCUAAAAAAGUAUUAUAAAUAAAAGUUAUGAGAAGAUGUCACAACUAAAAAUAUGUAGGAUAUGUCUACGAACAGAGGCAAAAAUGUUCCAAAUGAAUGUGUACGGCUUGCAGUGGUACUAUGAAGAACUUCUGGAUUUCAAAGUAGAUAUCAAUGACAGACUUCCACAAUAUUUCUGCUUUGAAUGUGCUGCACUGUUACAUAAAUUCCACAAUUUUAAAGAAAAAUGCUGUAUGGGUCAGAAAAUUCUUAAUGAUAUGGAUAUGGAAGGAGAAAUCACAUAUGAAUCAAUUUAUAAGUUGGACAGAAAACAAUUGAAACUUAUAUCAUUGUUAGAUUAUAUGAUUCCAAAUACAAAAGCUGAUACAAUUUUUGCUGUGAAAAGUGUGUCUAUGGACAAAACUUUAAUUAAUGGCAAAAGAGAUAAAAUAGAAAUUCAGCAAGAAAGUGAUGUUGAAAAUGAUAAAAAAGACUUGGAUGUUUUGGCUGAGCAAGAAAUCAUGUGUGACAUAGAAAUGAUUAAAGCUGAAAAGACAGAUGAGGUUCCUUUUUAUAUUGAAAAAGAAAGCACUACUGGAUACAACUAUAAUUUAGAAUACAACUAUGACGACGAUAUACAUGAUAGUUCUAGCAUAGACAGCAAACCUGCAGCUUCAAAAAACUUAACAGGCAUAUUCAUUGUAGAUAAGAAUGAAGAUGUGAGUGCAAAAAAGUUAAGGCCUCGACGACUUAAGCAGCCAAAAAAGGAGUCUGUAAAAAAUAUCAAAACUGAAAAGACUGAUAAGAAUAAGAGUGUGUCAUUAAGACACUUACGAGCUAGGCGACCUAAACCACCCAAAAAAAUUAAAGUCGCUGUGAAAUUUCCAGAGAUACUCAACAGUGGUAACUGGAAAAAAACAACAUUGUCUGAAGAGGAAGCAACAAGGACUUUCAAUGCAAAAUCUCUAGAAGAAAAGUAUAUUAGUGCAACCUAUAAAUGCACUGAUUGUUUUAUUCCUUUUUCAAACAAUGAAAUUUAUACAAGGCAUAGACAAAAAUGGCAUACUGAGCUAAAUUAUAGAUUCGAGUGUAAGUUCUGCAAAAGACGUUUUAGACGCCAUCAUCAACUCAAGAAGCAUAUAAAAGCUCAUUACGAGAGGUACCAAUGUUUGAGAUGCGACCUCGUCUGUCCGCUAGAAUCUACUGUCAUGAUACAUGACGCUUCACACAGCGGAGCAAUAUAUAAAUGUGAAGUUUGCCAUCAAGAAUAUAAACACACAUCAACCUACUACAGCCACAUGCGUACUGCACACAAACACAAACAUCUGUGCAAUUUGUGUGGGCGUUCUUUUGUGAAUGAGAUAGGCCUGAACCAGCACAAAAAGAGGACACAUUUCAUCAAUGAUAAAGUUGAACCGCUUGGUGUAAAUAAGGAUCCACCAGAUGUGGAAGAGGUCGUUAAUACUUACUGUUCCACCUGCGACAUCAAAUUUGAGACUGAGGAUGCUUACCAUGAACAUAAAAUUCACUCUUCCAAACAUAGUGAUGGCAUGGCUAAUAGAGAAUGUAAACCUCGACGAAGAAAACCUAUGGAUUGCCCUAAGUGUGGUGAAAGUUUUAAAUCACAAGCGGCCUGCUGGAAACAUUGCAGAAAGGAACAUCCAAAUGACAAACUAAUUCCAACUAUGCUGUGUGAAACUAAAAGUAUCUGCGAAAUAUGUGGUGUUUCUGUAUCGUCUAAUAAUUUAAGACUUCAUAUGAUGAACAGACACGAGAAGAAAUAUGAGUGCUACUGUAACAUUUGCGGAAAGAGAUUCAGUAUGAAAGCUUCGCUAAAAAUUCAUAGUGUGGUCCACACUGGUGAAAAGCCUUUCAAGUGUCCCUUAUGUGAUAAAAGCUUUACUCAAAAGGGGAGUAUGAAUCUGCACUACAGAACAUACCAUCUUAAGGAACCAUAUCCAAAAAGAAACAGAAACACAAUUGGCAGUCUACGGAAUGAUCCAGGAGAUUUUUAUCCUAUACCUUAGAGUAGUGUAAGUCAAGACAACUCAAUAUUAGUAUUAUUUUGAAGAGCCAAGUUCACUUACUACACUGUAUUGAACCUAUGUUAGAUGAAAACAAAAUGCUUACGAAAAUAUGUAUCAGAAGGAUGAAAUAAAAAACAUACAUAAUUCUGUU